AUGAAGAACCGAAUAACACCACCUGAGGACUGGCCUAUUCACGCAGUACAAAUUUUGAGAUAUUGUGAACAUGUGACUACUACUAAAGCUAACCCUGAUAUCUCUGCAAACUCUUCGGAAGAACUUUUAUCAAGAAAAACACCAGUCACUAAAACAAAUAUAGUGGUAGAUUCUCUAUCGUACUUAUCGAAUACUUCAAAAGACUCUUAUUCUUCUGAUCUAAAUUCGCCCAGUCUCAACAAAAAAUUCAAAGACACUGAAACCACUCCUGUCUCUUCUCGAAAAAGAGGACGCCCUCCAAGCUCAUUCUCAACUAAUAAACUACGGGUUCAAUCAUAUAAUCCUAUCACUAGUUAUCUACAAACAGAUUCAAGAGUUCAGGAGACAAAUAUAACCUCAAUAAUAUCAACGGUUUCGCCGCCAAAUAAAAUCCUCAAGACUACAACAUCUCCCAUCCCAACUCUGGAAACUUCAUUUUCUUUAACAUCCAUACCACAAGCUGCCAGCACUUUAUCAGAAAAAAUGUCCCUUCCAGCAGUUAACUCAUUGGCUGAAGUCCUAGCAGUCCUAGAUGGUUGGAGGAAGGAAGAUAACAAAGCCAGGGAUGUUAUGCGAAAGGAGUUAUUGGAUGAGAUUACAUCUUCUCGAGAAGAACACAACAGAAUUCUGACUGAAAAAACGGAUAAACUUCAAGACGAAAAUUCUGCUCUCAAAGAUCAGAUAAUUAAUUUAAAUGAAAGAAUCACCAGGUUGGAGCAAGCAAAAAUAUCUACAUUCACGGACCCUCACUUUGCCAACAAUCUAUCUGCCUUUGAAAAACACAUUGUGAAAACGAGUAUCUCGGCAAUGGAAAAACAUAUUAGGAGAAAUAUUAUAGUAGUAAGAGGCCUGAACGUGACUGACAGUAGCGCAGUAAAUAGCUUGAACCAGUUCAUAAAAGAUCAUUUCAAUAUUGACGAUGCGGUACAAGAAGUUUUUUGGAUAAUUGUUCCCAUUACAAAUGGUCAAACGUCUUCAAUGCAAAUAACAGAAAAUUCUCAGACCGAUGACCUGUCUUCAAAUCCUAAUACUAUUAAUGAUAAUCAACUUCUUUGUAUUUCAGAAACGUGGGAAACAUUGCUAAAUCCUAUUCUCCCAUCUUACUUCAAUAAAUGGCACCACUGCAUUUCUCCCGCAGUGAAGAUUAACCUCCUUGGGCGAGGUAGUGGUGGGUUAUUAUCUCUGAGCAAUGAAUCAAAUCCUACAAAAACCCUGAGCACUUCUGAAAAUUGGAUCUUUCACAGUACCGUAAUCCAUGAAACUAACAUUAUUAUUGGAUCAGUUUACUUCCAACCCAAUUUGAAAAACUUAUAUUCCAUACUUGAUUCUUUACAAAUUAUUCUGGAUAAAAUUCUAGCAGAAGAAGAGUAUAAUUGCUUCAUUAUUGGAGGUGACUUCAAUGCUAGAGUUGAAAGUUUUCUAUACGAGGACCCUACGAUGUUGAAGCCUUCAUGUCUAUAUUCUAUGAGAUCUGCAUGUGAUAAAGAAACGAAUCAUCAGGGAUCCAUACUUUAUGAGUUCAUGUCUAGUAAUGGCUUUAUUCUUUUGAAUGGCCGCACUCCAGGAGACUACAAUGAAGACUUUACUUUUAGUAAUGCAAGAGGUAAUAGUACAGUAGACCUUGUAUGGGUAAACACUAUGGAUAUCAACUUAGUGAAAGGGCUAGCCAUUUCUAAUGCUCUUACCAAAUCGGAUCACUUUCCAGUAGUAGUCACUCUUCAUUCCAUCCAACCCAUACCAUCUGCGCAACUCUCAAACGUUAUGUGUUCCGUAUCUCCAAGCUUUUCGUUGCGCUGGUGCUCUUCGUCAGCUCACUCUUUCAAGAACUCUAUGUUCGUCUCUCCACUCAUUGCUCAAAACUUUGCCACUGCUACUACAAAUGACUUGAAUCAUGCCUUUCAAAAUGCUAUAACGAACGCCGAUCGGGAUGCAGCAAUGCUUAAAUUACUACACUCACAGCCCAAAUCUAGAAAUCGCUUUAUUUCAAAAUCAUGGUAUGUCACAGGAUAUUUAUAA